AAAAUAUCUAUAUCUGUGGUUUUAGUUUUAAUAUGUGUGUUUAUCUGAAAUUGAAUGAAUCAAAAGUAUGCGAUGUGGAUUUCAAGGAAAAGUUAGGGAGAGAUUGAAAAAAAUCCAAACAUACACAACACAAAUAAAUUAUUUACAAAUCCGUCUUGAGACGUACAAGGGUCACUGAUAAAUUCUGAUAAUUUUCGAUACAAACACUACUCUAAGCGCUGACCACAUAUCUGAGAUGUGUGUGAGAACAGUGUUGUUUUUAAAUGCGCCAGUGCAUUUCGGAAAAUAUCUAAUACGGCCCUUGUAGCUCUUUUAUUUCUUCCAAUCAAAUCAGUUAAACAAGUGAAUUAUAAGUUAAACAAAUAUAUAUCUUCAUGGGUCUGCUUGUAUUCACUGUCUAGACAAUAUAAUAAAUUCAUCUGCUUACUAGGUCAAGAUCACAAGAUAAACUUUUUUGAUUAAAAUGAAAGACGUUCAUGAUUCCCCAUCCGCUGGGCUGACUGUGGAAGAUCACAGGUACCUUCUGGAUUGGACUCCAGAAACUAACGCAGAGAACUUACCAAUAUACAUGCGAUUCAACGAUGGACAUAAGCUCUCUAUCACGGUUUACAGUAUUCUGAUGGUGUUCUCCGCUAUAGCAAACAUUACAGUGUUGGUAGCUUUGAUCAAAAGACGCAGGACCAACCCUGCACGGAUUAACGUUAUGCUUAUGCAUUUGGCAAUUGCUGACUUGUUGGUGACACUUCUGAUGAUGCCCUUAGAAAUUGGUUGGGCCUACACAGUUCAAUGGCUAGCUGGCAACUUUAUGUGUAAGAUAAUGAUGUUUUUUCGAAUUUUUGGGUUAUAUCUGUCAGGUUUUAUAUUGUGCUGCAUUAGCAUUGACAGAUACUAUGCUAUUUUAAAGCCUUUGCAAUCGGGUAACUUAGAUGAACGAGGCAGAAAAAUGGUAAUUACAGCUUGGCUGGGAGCAAUAAUUUGCAGUACACCUCAGAUAUUUCUAUUUCACGUGGAAGUCCAUCCAAAAAUCGAUUGGUACCAUCAAUGCGUCACGUAUCACAGCUACCCAUCCUAUGCUCAUGAACUGGCUUACAACAUAUUUGGAAUGGUGAUGAUGUACAGCUUUCCUUUAACUGUUAUUAUAUUUUCUUAUGCUUCCAUUUUAUUGGAGAUAUUUAGGAGAACCAGAAAUCCAAAUCGAGCUGACAGUGUGACAAGAUCAAGCCUGGCAUUUUUGGGAAAAGCUAAAAUUCGGACAUUGAAGCUAACUAUUCUUAUUGUAUUUGUAUUUUUUGUAUGUUGGACACCGUAUCACGUAAUGUGCGUAUGGUAUUGGUACGACAGAGAAUCAGCUCAAAAACUCGAUCCACGCAUUCAAAGAGGCCUAUUCUUGUUUGCCUGUACCAACUCCUGCAUGAACCCCUUAGUGUAUGGUCUAUUCAGCAUCAAGUCUUGCAGGAAACCCGUUAAAGUCAAGCCAAAACUUUAUAACAUUCCUACGCCAAGAACCUCAUGCAUACCACCUCCAAUUUCUUCAGAAACUAAACUAUCACCCCUGGAAAUAUCCUUAAAAAGUCUGGAAUAAGUAUGUAUAAGUUGUCUGUAUCGUGGUACAAUCAAAUACUACAGUUCAAUAUAUGUUUUGAUGUGUUCUCAAAAGAACACUUGAUUUCAGCAGUUCGUAUCUAUAUGAUUGACAUGUGAUUUAAGUAUUUUUAUAAUUAACUUUAUCGAAAUACUAAUUUAUAGUACCUAAUAUUUAUGGUUUUGAGUUAGUCUUUUGAGUCAGACAAAACGUACGUUGAAUAUUUAGCGUGUAGGUCUAGCUUUAUUUUCUCUAAAUUAGGGAGAAGCAUAAAUAUUUAUAUUAAUGACUUAUUUUAUAAACUGAAAAUGUUUUAUAUAAAAAAUAUUAUAAAAAUUAGUGAAGUUUCUGUCUAGUCCUUCAAAAUAUAUAUGUCACCUUGUUUUUUAAGAAUAUAUUUUUUCAGUAAAUUAAAUGUAUAUUUUAUCUACUUAAAAAAUAUUGAUAGAUUGUUAUUUAUUAGAAAUGACUAUGAGUUUAUAUUUGAUGUUGAAAUAAAAAAUAUAUCUGUAUAUUUACA